AUGCACACGAUGACGCCGUACUGCUUCCCGCCGACCGCGUUCGAGGCCGAGGCCUUCCGCCCGCUCGAGUUCCUCGAAGAAUGCCAGAGCCGCCAUCCGAUCGCUCAGGUUCACCGCGACCUCGAGGCCUUCAAGCGCUCGCUGGAGAACCAGCUGGUUGCCAUCAUCGACAAGGACUACGCAGAGUUCCUCCAGCUCUCGACCAAGCUCAAGGGCGUCAACAGCGCCGUAUCAUCGCUCCGAGAACCGCUGGUUGUCAUCAUGGACCGUGUUCUCGCCGUGCAAGCCGCCGCCGCCGACCUCGUGGACAAGGCCGACACACAGAUUCGCGAUCUGCAGCGGCUCGAGCAAACGAAAGCAGAUCUUGGUCUCACCAUCACACUCUGCGAAAAGCUCGACCUCGUCGAAAGCCUGUUGCACGUCGCUUCCGGCGACGGCCCGGCGUCAUCGUCCGAGGAUGACAGCGACAUGGAAGACGAUGUGUACAUACCAAUGCCAAGUCACGACCAAGCGCAAGUGCUGGAGCGCGUGGCCAAGCUCACUGUUGAGCUCCAGUACCAGAUCGCGCUCGGCGCAGACGUGCCGUCUGUCCAGGCUGAGGAGCCCCGCAUGUCGGCCAUCGAGCGCGUGCUGCGUGAGAAGCUCGAGGCAGAGCUCGCGACCGAGAUCGUGCCCGACUCCUUUUACGCUCGCGAUCACGUCAUCAACGUCAUUAACGUCAACCGGCUCUUGCGCGCCUACGUGGCGCUUCAAGAGACAGCGGUGCCCGAAGAGAUGGUCGGGCGCCUCCUCGUGCAGCCUUUUUUGGACUCGACAAUGACGCGGUCGCGCUUGGACGGCCGUAGUCGCGGGUCGUGCGAAGGCCUCGGCAGCAUCUACUCUGCGAUACUCGAGUUUGUCACCAAGACGCUCGGUGGCGUCCUCGCGCUGCCUGUCUGCCAAGGCUCGGCCAAGAACAGCGUCGACCUCCUCACGCAGUCGAUCUGGAAGCCCGUGUCGGCGACGCUCUGCGAGAAGCUGCCCGAGAUCUUCAUCGCGUACAACCCCGACCGCAUGUACCACAACUACUCCGCGUCCACGGGCUUUCUCACGUCGCUCGAAGCGCUGUGUACCUCGGGUGAGGCGCGGACACGGCUGCGGCUCAGCGCCGCACCGUUUUACGACAAGUGGAACCUCGACGUGUACUACCAGCUGCGGCACUCGGAGCUGACGCAGGCGCUGUCGACGAGCUUUGGGCAGCGGCCGCCCGACGCGACCUUUCUCCAAGAGACGCGGAUCGAGGAGUUUGUGUUUCCAUCCGCCAAGCAAGUGGCGCUCUUGGCGCGCAAGUGCUUUCGCGACGGUGUUUUGCUGGCUGCGCAGACGCCCAAAUUCGCGCGUCUCAGCCUCGAACUCGUUGCCGCGUUCGUUCAGUACUGGCAGCCGCCGCUGACGACAGCACAGCGCCUCGCCGCCGAGAAGGAAAGCGGUAUGUUUGGCACCGUCAACCACAGCUGUGUGGCGUCGGCUGACGAUGUCUUUGCGUGUGGCAAUGAUUUGCACCGACUGCAAUCUCUGAUCGCGUCGGACCUCGUGCCAGAGUUGCGCCGUCGACUGACACACGCAGUCCCCUCCGAGGAGGCGGGCGUGCUGGCCACGUCGCUGCUAGCACAGUCGCUCAAGGAUCUCGCCGACCUCGAGGCGAUCUGCUGGGACAUUGCCGCCAACCUCGUGACGGACGACUGCAUGAAGCUGCUCCCCGCUGUUCGCACCAUCAAGGGCCAGUACCAGAUGACCAACAAACCAAUGCCGUCAACGCCGUCGCUCUACGUGGCAACGAUCGUCAAGCCGCUUGAGAGCUUCUUGGCCAAAUGGGGUGCACCGCUACGCGACAAUAGCGGGUUUGCCCAGCGCGUGCUCUUUGCGACCUGCAGCACGUACGCGUCAUUGGCCUUGGAGCUGCUCAAGUCGGCGGCCGAGCUGGAAGAAUCGUUGAAAAGCCGCAAGCUGCAGCGUGCCUCCGUAGGCAUUUCAGCCGCCUCCAAGACCACGGCGACGACCCUCGAUGGUGUGUCCGACACGGACAAGAUGCGGCGCCAGGUCGAGCUCGACAUGCUUGAAUUUGGACGGCUCGCACGCGCACUGCACGUCGAGAUGGACAAGUGCGACGAGUACGCAGCCAUCCUGCGACACGUGGAAAGCGCGUAGGAGCUUUUACCCCUUGACCGCAACGUUGUUCGGAUACGCUGGAUACCGCCAGCAAUCGUCUUCAAAUGCACCGCUUUGUUUCUUUUUUGUCAUGCGCACCAAUUCUAGCAACCUCGCUAACCACG